UCAGACUUGUGGGACAUUUCUAGUCCUCUAUUUGUGGAAGAAGCAGGACUGGUCAAGUGUGGCGGGCAGCGGCAGGUCUGAAUUCGCUGUGAGGGACGGGUGUGUGGAGGCGGGGAACAGAGAGCAGCAAAAAACACCUUACAGCUCAGUGCCAGAGAGUGAAAGGAGACGCUUACCUAUGGCGUGUCAUUGACCAGUUCACUCUUAUUGGCUUUGGUUGUGCAAGUGGAAGAGAGAGAGAAAAGGGAAUAUUAAAUAUGGCUGGAAAGUCUCUCCACUUGUGCGUAUUCGUAAUCUACGCGAUUCAAACGAACACUGGAUUUAACAUUGACGUGCAGUUCCCGGUCAUCAAAGAGGGAAAAACCAAGGGCAGUUUAUUUGGAUUUUCUGUUGCAUUGCAUAAACAGACCGAAAAGACAACGAAGAACUUGCUUUUAGUCGGGGCGCCUCAAGAGAAGGCCCAGUCCCAACUCAGCAAAUUCAACAUUAAUGAAACUGGAGCCGUGUAUUAUUGUCCCAUCACUAUUGAACAGGAUGACUGCAGGAGGAUGGACCUCAUCAGUGCACCGCAGUCAACGGAGAUGGUGGAGGGCAUGUGGCUGGGAGUGACCGUGGCCAGUCAAAGGAACGGAGGACGUGUGCUGGCAUGUGGCCAUCGCUAUGUAAAAAAACUGCUGGGCGCUGAAGAACAGCAGCGUAUGGUGGGCAAAUGUUACGUGCGGGGCAACGACUUGACCUACGACCCUUCUGAUUACUGGCAGUCGGACACUUACGAGCUGUGUGACUUCAACUAUGACCAGAACCUGGAGGGCAUGUGUAACAUGGGCAUCUCAGGGGGCAUGACGGAGGACGAUGUGUUCUUUGGGACCCCUGGCAGCUUUGUGUGGCAGGGCACUGUGCAUAUGAAAAGCAGAGACGUCAACUCAGAUUUUGCCGGAGAUGCCAAUGAAAGACGUUUCAAUAUGCUAGGCGAGGACAAGCUCAACAUCUACAUAGGUUACUCUGUGCUGGAGGACAUGAAGUUACUGAAUCGCUCUGAGUACACUGUGGUGACGGGGGCUCCCAGAGAUAAUUUCAAGGGUUCAGUGAUCCUGGCAGAAAAACAUGAUUUGGUUCUAAACCCACUGAUGACGAUCCCAGGGGAACAAAUUGGGUCGUACUUUGGCAGCUGUUUGGCGGUUACCGACCUCAACAAUGACGACUGGAACGACCUGAUCGUUGGCGCGCCGUUCUACUUUGACCGCUACAAGGAGGAGGGAGGGGCAGUUCACAUCUUCAUGAACGAGAACGGUUUCUUCCAGCAGAAAGCCAGCUUGGUUCUGAAGGGUAAAAAAGGCUCAGGGUUUGGAUUUGCUGUUGCUGCAGUGGGGGACGUCAAUCUGGAUGGGUUUCAAGAUUUUGCUGUUGGUGCUCCAUUCCAAGACUCUGGGAAAGUCUUUAUAUGGAUGGGAAGUCAAAAUGGAAUAACCAAGGAACCCAGCCAGGUGAUUGAGGGGAAAUCAGUAGGUCCCAGUGGCUUUCAGACAUUUGGCUACUCUCUCAAUGGAGGAAUGGAUAUGGAUGGAAAUGAUUAUCCUGACAUUCUGGUGGGCUCCAUGGACGACCGCAUCGCUCUCUUGAGGUCGCGUCCAGUCAUCCACCUCUCCAAAAACUUUACAGUGCAGCCGAAGAUUGUGAUUCCAAGCCAGUGUGUUAAUUCCUGCAUAAAGGUGAAGGUGUGUUUCAGUUACAAUCUCAGCAAUGGAAACAAAUCCUUCAAGAAGGAAAUCACUGUGAAGUACACAGUGGACGCUGACCAGAAUCGCCGUGGCCCCAGAGUCCGUUUCCUUGACAACAAGCAAAGCACAUUUACAGGCCUACUCUCUUUCGCUGCCCCCUCAUGUCAAGAGCUGGAACUUAGUGUUAAUAGUCCUGUGUGGGACAAACUUCAGCCCAUAGUGUUCACAUUGAACGUGUCCCUCUAUGAGCAGAAAGCAGCAGCACAACAAACAUUACAGAACCUGGACUCUUUCCCUGUGCUGAGCGGCCAGCAGACCCUGACAGACAAAACUGAGAUUAACUUUCACAAGGAGUGUGGUGAUGACAACAGGUGCAGCAGUAACCUGCAGCUGAAGGCCAGAUUUGCUAAUGAGAGUUACAUUCCCUUCCCAAGUCAAACUAUGGAGUUCAACAGUAACAUUAAGAAGCUGGUGUUGAUGGUGGAGAUUACUAACAUGCCAGAUGAAGGCAGGCAGGCCGAGGACGCCCAUCAGGCCAUGCUCAACAUCACCAUUCCCCCCACACUCAAAUACUCUGGAGUGCGCACUCAGUCUGGAUUUGAUAUUGAGUGCAGCGCAAACGAGUCUGUCAUAUGCAAUCUGGGAAACCCAUUUAAAAGCAAUCAGAAGGCCUCGUUGAUAAUCAUCUUUGAGACCUCUGGUAUAACUCUUUACACAGAACAGAUUGAAUCUCAACUUCAGCUCUCCACUAUAAGUGAACAGAAGGAUCUGUAUCCUGUUCCUGUCACCCUCAACGUGAAGAACACAGUCCUCACUACCUUUUCCUUAGAAAAGCAAUUGAUUGACACGUCCUUCAGUGGCAGUGUGAUUGGUGAAUCUGCCAUGAACAGCACCAGUGAUGUGGGGAGUCCGCUGGAGUUUGUGUUCCGUGUGCAAGUGCUGGGAGAACCUCUGGGAGAUUUGGGAACUCUGAUGAUUGACUUUGAAUGGCCAUUUGCGGUAACCAAUGGGAAAUGGCUGCUGUAUCUCACAGAGAUAGUGAUCAAAGGAGCGUCGGAGUCACGCUGUGUCCCACCGGGGAAGAUUGUCAACCAACUCAACCUCACAUUGUCAGAGCAAGGUACUAAACGAUCUAAAAGAGAGGCGGGAUCUGGGUAUCCCCAUGCAGAAGCUUCUGUUACUGUCCUGGCUCCUCGUAAAGUGUCCCAUUUGCUGGCAUGUUCAAAGCAGACGGCCCACUGUGUGACCUUCUCCUGCCCGCUGCACAACAUGUCGACUCAGGCGGAGAUCAAAGUCAGGUCACGUGUGUGGAACGGCACCUUGCUAGAGGAUUACGCCAAUGCCUUACGAGUGGAGGUAAAGGGGCAGGCCACGUUGAGACUGCAGACAGACAAACCGGCCAUCAAAAUGGACAACCAGACCAGAGAGUUUUCAGUAAACAUUGACCCGGUGCUGGGAGAGGAGUUGCCGUAUGAAGUUCCUCUCUGGAUCAUCAUUGUUGCAGCGGUUGCAGGGAUACUGUUAUUAGGCAUCAUCAGUCUCAUUCUGUGGAAGUGCGGUUUCUUCCGACGGGCCAGCAGGAGGGAGAUGUAUGAGGCCAAAUCCCAGAAAGCAGAAAUAAAGAUCCAGCCCUCUGAGACAGAGAGGCUGACGGAGGAAUACUGAGCCUGCGGGGGCCCGUGGGCCGCUAUGGCAGCACCAUUAGGGUCCUUCGUGUGGUUUCUUCAAGAGGGCUGUUUACUACAGGAUAAUGCCAAAGUACCACGGUGUGAAAGUAUGCAAAGAAGAACGCUAUAAGUGUAACUUGGCCUUUCAGCCCGAGCAAGAACUGAGCAAGAAACUCUGGGUCACCAACUGGACAGAAAUGCAUGAAUAUUACUACUGACCUCUUCACCUCUCUCUGUCCAGAGCCAGGGGAGCGUGAUGAUUGGAGGAUGUCUUUUAUUAACCCCGGAUAACUCAACGAACACUGGACACUGGCGUUUGAAGCCAUCAUUCAUACGCAGUGAGCUAUUGAGAACAUGUUUUGAAAUGUCUGUUGGUCUGUGUGCAAUAUCAUGUUUUGUAGACCAUUAAACCACUUUCAGCAAAGCCAGAUUGUCUGGGACACCUAGUAAUAAUUAAUUGAUUUAUUUGAUUAUUUUGAUUAUCUUCAUGAACAUGUAAAUAUGUUUUGGUUUCAAGCAUGUGCUUUAUUGCAUUAUAAUAGGUUUUUAAUGUAAUCAAGGUGAUAUACUAACUUUCCCCCUUAUGUUGAGGUCAGAAGGUGUCUGCUAUAGUUUACCUGCCAAAGCAGUGGGUCAUUUUUACUCAUUGACAUUUUCCAUCAUGCUAUAACUGAUCUGAGAUCAGUUCUCAUCAAACAACACUGUGGAAAUAGACUAUUUCCAGUUCUGCUGCAUUUUGUUUAGAUGCUCAUUUUGCAACACUGUGUAAGUUUAAGAACUGCUCCAUUUUUCCCCAGCUACUUACUCCCAUGGAGGAAGACUCUUAAAAAUAUAGGUUCUUUAUUGGCAUCAGUGGUUCCAUGAAGAACCUUUAACAUCCACUGAACCUCUCCAAUGCACAAAAGGUUCUUUAGAGUGGAAAAAGGUUCUUCAGAUUAUUAAAAGGUUCUUCACGUGAAGAAAAAAAUGGUUCAUUUAAGAACUUUUGACUGAAAAGUUCUUUGGGGAACCAAAAAUGGUUCUUCUAUGGCAUCGCUAUGUAAACCUCCUUUUGGAACCUUUAUUUUUAAGAGUGAAGACUACAAUGUCUAAGACCCCGUUUGCACUAGUAAAAACAAUGCUCGUCUACACUGUCGUUUCCACAGUGUUUCAGAAACAGUCUCUGUCUACAAUACAUGACCGAAAACGCAUGUCGCAUGACUGUUCAUGCACACUGGGCAUGUGCAUACAAGUGUAAACAGUUGCCUCUUGCGCAAGUAGGUAGCUGCAGUAUUAAAAAAUGAUUGACUGCACAAUGGCUGCUAAAAAUGACAACAAAGCCAGCAAAGAUUGCAGUUCAGUCUCCAUGUUAUUGUUUACAUGGUUGUCAAGGAUACGCAGAGCGAACGUGGGCAGCCACGCUAUCAUUUUCAAAAGUCUCAGUUUUCAGUUUACACUGAAACACAACCCCGGUGUUCUCAAACUAAAAUGGGUUUUCAAAAAGUCUCCAUUUUUGAGGGUCGAAAACGCUGGAGUAGUGUAAACGACAGGAUUAACCAUAGCAAAAGUUAUACGUUUUAAAACGAAAACGCACUAGUGUAAACGGGGCCUAAGUGUGUAAAAUGUUUGCCCAAAUUAUCAUGUUCCUAUCAUCAUUAGUUGGGUGAAUCUCAAAUGAAAAAAGAAAAGAAAAAACAAUAUAUUUCAGUCAUGAUAACUCUCAGAGUGAAUUAUUUGCAUUUAUUUGCAUGGGACAUGGAAUGUAAAUAUGCUUGAUUUUGGCAGACGAGAUCUGCGACUACAAAUACAAGAAUAUGUUCGGCUUAGUUAAAAUAAUAUACAUAAAGGACAUGCUGCUGUAAGAAUAUAUUGAAGCAGAUUUCUACAAGUGGUGCUGGGGAGGAAGAGGGGUAAACAGAAGUUUUCAUAAUCGCGCAGCAGGGCGAUCGCAGGCUAGGGUAUGAAAUAUAUGGUUAUGUGGAUGAAGAUGUACAACUGGUUGGCUAAUGCCACAGCAUUAGAGGAACCAAUCAGCGCUUGAGUUUCAUGACUGAAAUAUUUAUAUAUAUAUAUAUAUAUAUAUAUAUAUAAUUUAGGAUAUUUUGUUUUUGCAUUGUGAUUCAGUUUUAAUGACAAUUACAGUAAGCACAAUUAAAUUCUCAUUACUGCAAUGCGAAAAACAUAUUCGCAUCAUAUGAGCAAAAAUCAAAGCUGACAUGUAAUUAGUCAAUAAAAUAUACAGUCCUGCCCCAAAGUCCACUUAUUGGUUGAGCCAAUGUUUAUUUUUCUGUUGAUUUUGUGGUGUAAUAUGAGUAAAAUUGUUGUCAGCUUUUGUUUAUUCAUUUAGUUUAAUGUCUUUUUGUUUAAGAUUAUCUUUGUCUCUGCUGUGUCAAUUUGUAUUGUGUUGACCCUUUUUUGCAGAGGAACAACUUCAAGAGAACUACUGUCAUGUUGGUGCGAUUCAUUUUACAAGUGAAGAAUGUAGAUUUUAUGCUUGAACAAAUGUUAUAAUUUCUAUAAAACAAUGUACACCCAAGCCACAUGGAUUGGAGGUUUCAUUUCAAAAACAGCUCAGAUAAGUCCAAUUUCAAAUAUGAGUAUAUAUUGUAUCAGAUGGUAUAAGAUUGCUUUUAUGGUGAUAUGGAGCAAGUUUCGUAUUUUAGUGGAAUUUGCUAUAAUCAAAUGGUGGGUUAGAGUGAAAAAAAAAGUCUAAAAAGAGUGGGUUAGAGUGUCAGAGAGAAGCCUAUAUUGGUUGGCUUGUUUAGUUGUUAUUAUAGGUAUAGAGUUGGAUACUAGAGCAAAUUGGGUAAACCACUGGACUUCAUUACAGUCUGAGCAAAUAAAAUGACACAGACUGCUUGUAUACCUCAGACCUGGGUUGAGGGAUGAGAAAAUAUACUGUAUGUUCACAGAAAAAAAGGCUUUUUUAUACUGUACUGAUAUUAAAAUAUUUUUUAAAACUGAA